AUGAGCGAACAAAAGAAAGCGGAACCUAUUGAAAGCGCGUCAGAGUUGCUCAAUUCGACUCUCCGAUCCAAAGGUUAUAUCAAAGAGCCUCUCAAGUUUCCCAGUAUUGACUGGGAGGAGCUCAUAAAGGAUCAGCCAGAUCGGAAAUCACUUCGCAAGUUUGAAGUCACAGAUACAAUAUUUGAUAAUGACAAGCACAUAAUAAACAUCUUGUACUCUCUCACGAGGGCAAUUGAUAGGCACAAUGAGCAGCAUAAGGCACUUUAUCAAAGCCUAAGUCAGAAAGACCGACUGAUCGAAGAGCUCGAGAAGACAGUGGAGCAAUUGAAAUCAGUCAACAAGAAACAAGAACAGAAGCUUGACAGACUAAUACGAGUUGACCAGACAAUAUUAGAAGAAAGAAAUGCGGAGUUAUUGAGGACAAUCAAGAAACAGAGCCAGGACUUGGCCCGUCUCAAAAGCUGGACUGGAGAGAUGCAAACUAAGUACGAUAUCGAGGUACGGAAGAAAAACAUAGAGAUUUCUCGGCUCAAAGACAAAGUAUUGGACUCAAGACGAUUGACCUACAGGUUAUCCUAUGGUAGGUCCUCCUCCACAGCACGCUCUCAAGGUGUUAUUACCAAUCCCAGCAAUAUUUACAACAACAUACACAUUAUCGAUAAUGAUUUGCUUCCGAAUCAGGAAGAAUCAAAGGAGGAAAUUCGAGAUGCACUCAAGUCUGAAUAUGAUGGAAUCGCGAAUCAGCUUUCUGAGCUUAGUGAAAACCUUAUCAAGGAAAAUUCCAAAUACGCUCAUUUUGUGGAGGAGCUCAACUCAUACUUUGAUAAACUUAAUAAUCAGCUUUCAGUGCUGAACUACAUGAAUUUGCAGGAGAGCAGCCUUGUGAACCCGUCUGAUGAAAUCGACUUGGCGCGAAUUGGAACGGCUUAG